AUGGAAAUUGCUCUUUUCUAUUAUGCAUUUCUUUGCAUUAUUAUUGUAGCUUUAGCUUUCAAGUUCAAGUUCUACUCAUCUCAUAAAGUCAGCCAAAAAAGAUCUCCCCCAAGUCCUUCUCUAUCUCUUCCCUUCAUCGGCCAUCUUCUUCUCCUCAUCGGAAAAGACCCUAUCCAUCGAGUCUUUCGCCGGAUCUCCCAUGAACUAGGUCCACUUUUUUCUCUCCAAUUGGGGAACCGAUUUGCAGUCAUCGUCUCAUCAUGGUCAAUUGCCGAAGAAUGCUUCACCAAGAACGAUAUUGUCCUUACAAAUCGACCUAAAUUUUUAUUUGGAAAGUACAUAUUCUACAAUUACUCCACUCUUGGCUUUACUCCUUAUGGUGAAUACUGGCGCAAUCUCCGUCGCAUCAUGGUACAUGAUAUUUUCUCCACCAGUCGUCUUAACAGUUUCUUGCACAUCCGUCAGGAUGAGGUCAAACAUUUACUUCAAGGGUUGUGUGGUCUAUCUUCACCUGAAUUCGUUAAAGUAGAAAUGAGAUCGCGAUUGAUAGAUAUGUCGUUUAAUAUAAUCAUGCGAAUGAUUGCUGGGAAGAGAUAUUUUGGAGUGGGGGAAUUUUCGGUAGACGAGGAGGCGGUUGAGUUUCGACAAAUUGUGAAAGAAGUAUUUGAAUACAUGACACUUUCCAAUGCCGCAGACUUUUUGCCAUUUAUGAGACUACUUGAUUGUCAAAAUAUUCAAAAAAAAAUGAUGAUACUUCAAAAGAAGAUGGAUUGCUUUGUACAACGUCUUAUAACGCAGCAACGGCUCAAGAAGCAAGGAAACUCCAUGAUUAAUCAUCUACUCUCAUUACAAGAAGCACAACCAGGCUAUUACACAGAUGAAAUCAUCAAAGGGAACAUUUGGGAGAUUAUUAUUGCGGGUACAGAAACAUCAUCGGUAACAAUCGAGUGGGCAAUGGCUUUAUUAUUAAAUAAUCUAGAGAAAUUGGAGAAAGCAAAAGUUGAGAUAGAUUCUUGCAUAGAACCAAGCCGAUUAGUUGAUGAAUCCGACAUCUCUAAGCUUCCUUACCUUCAAGCAAUCAUAUCGGAGACGUUGCGACUCUUCCCUCCGGCUCCUUUACUCGCACCACACAUGCCUUCAGAAGAUUGCCAAAUAGCGGGAUUUGAUGUUCCUCGUGGUACAAUCUUAAUUGUGAAUGCAUGGGCCAUACAUAGGGACCCAAGUAUUUGGGACGAUCCAAAUGCCUUUAAGCCGGAGAGAUUCAUGAGUGUAGAAACCAAGGGUGAGGCAUACAAGAUGUUGCCGUUUGGGAUGGGAAGGAGGGCUUGCCCCGGUUCUGUGUUGGGUCAACGUGUUGUGGGUUUAACCUUGGCUUCUUUGAUUCAGAGUUUCGAGUGGAAGAGAGUUGAUGGAAAGGAAGUUGACCUAAUGGAGGGAAAAGGGAUCGCCAUGCCUAAAGUUGAACCAUUGGAGGUCAUGUGCAAGGCACGUAACAUCUUACUCAAUGCUCUUGAUAUGAGCCGGCCGGCCCAUAAAAUGUGAAAACUGAAAAGUGAAUUUGGUUUUUAGUUUGUAAUACUUAACUAGCUAGUUUCCUAUGGAGGCAAGUAACUAAAGUUGAAAUGAUGGAAACUGGGUUUUCUAUAUAUGUAAAUGGAUUAUAUUAUAUU